AUGGGCAAGCUUGGCCUUGUUGACUUUAAUCAAGCCACACACAUCCACUGCAAAGAGUGUUCUUCCACUUUUCAAACAAGACCUUCUAAAUGUCCAACUCCUAAUUGUAAAUCAAGGUUAUUCGGAGAUUGUCCACUUUGUCUUAAAUCAGUAUCACUCACCAACAUCUCAAAGCAUAAGUGUCGGUUCGAAAGCAGGAUUUUGAUUUCCAAUACUUCUAACAUUGAUAUUCAAAAUAUCAGUUCGGAACAUGUCACUUUUAUUGCAGAACAAAAUGGAAUAGGGACUCCAUUUGCAAAAUUAGAGAAACCUAUUUCAGAUAUGACCCCUAAUGACGCCAAUGAAACCGCUCAACAAGUUUUAGACCAAUUUUUCAAAGUAGGAGGAAAUGUCUCUCACUUAUUAACUCACUCCCAAAUGCGAUCAUAUUUCAGAGAUUUACGAUCAACAAAUUAUCAAAGAGGAGUCCGAACUGGUGUUAAAGGAAUAGUUGCGAAAUUAAAAAAAAAAAUUAAGGACCGAAAUUCACAAUUAGAAGGCACUAAUUUAUCCUCAAAUCAAAUUAAGAUGCUUCAACGAGUAUUGUUUGAGGAAAAUAAUGAAGAUAUUGAAUCAAGAAAAAAAAUCGAUCGCACAAUGAAAAAGUUAAACUUCAAACUUGAACCAAUUUCAGACAAGGUUAUUUUGAAUCUUCUUGCUUUCUGUAUGAACACUUUAAACAAAUCUACAAAUGACAUUCACAAGGCCAUUUCAGAUGCAUCAAAUUUUUAUGAUAUAAGCGGAGGGAACAUGUCAUUUUAUACUGAGCGAAAAGAAAUUAUUGAAAAACAUCUCGUGAAUUUUGAAUCAAUUUGGGGGCGAAUUGGAGAGGCGUUAUUGAAGCAAUUUAAUAUCACGAUAUCAAAAGGAUCUAUUGUUUACAACGUCAGAGCGUUAUUUCACAAAUACGGGUUUAAUUCAAUAACGCCAACAAGGAUGAGAGGCAAAAAACAUUCAUGUAACGGAAUAAGAGCAAACUUUGCUUUCGAUGUCACAAAUAUGAGAAAGGAAAAUUUACAACAAAUCCCUACCCCAAAAACAAUCGUCGAAGAUAAUGGGAAAAUAUUAGGAGCAGAAUUAGACAUUCUUGAGCAUUUUAAAUAUAUUUUAAUAAGCUGCCUUGAUCAUGAUUGUUUUACGGGUGAAACUUUAGAAAAAGCGAAAAAAGAACCUGUUGACUGUUGUGCCGCUUGGUGGGGAGACUCAACUGGAAACAUGGGGCACAAUAAUUCAAUGUUUUGUGGAAGCAUUGGAUUGCUGCAUGGAUUGAGCGUUACUUUUAAACAAGAUCGUAAAAUCCAACAAUUUGUAAAUCAACGACAUAUUUCUAUGAUGGGAUAUUUCAAAGAUUCCAGUAAGCACUUUACUAAGGUACUCCAAAAAGUGGGAGAGAGCUUUUUUAAACUUGGAACAAAUACCAUUCAAGCUGAAUAUAAGGGGGAAAAGUAUCUAUUUAAUGUCAGGAUUACCAAAAUCAAAGGAGACGCUCCGUUCUUACAAAAAGUUCUGAAUAACAAGCAAGGAGGGAAUCAAGCAUGCUUUCUUUGUGAUGAUCAUAAGGAACUAUGGAGAACAUCUCACUUUUUGCAUGGAAAUUCAAAAACAUUAUGGGGUGUCUGUAAUAAUCUUAAACAGGCAGGAAUAUUAGGAUUUCCACAUAUUAUGAAAUCAUUUGAAAAAAACCUUAACGAUGAUGCAGUGAGGGAUGUGUUUGAAAAAAUUGAAAUUGUUAUUGAUUCGUUGCAUUUAGUUAAAAACGUAUUUGAGAAUGUCAGAGAGUUUGUGCUGCAGUUUUUAAGAAAUAACCGAGCAGAAGGAUGUGUUGAUGAAAUAAUUGAAAAGGAGAAAGACAAUUUGAAUGGUGGUGAUGUGUCAAAAUUGAAGAAAGUGAGAUAUUAUCGGUCAAUAUUGAGUUGUGUGGAUGUUGUGUAUGUUGCUCCAUUACAAAAACUUGCUGAAAGUUUCACAGAAGAUCAAUCAGAAUUGAAGAAACAAGUUUCAGAUUUAAUUUCAAUCAUGAACUCUAUUGCAGAAAUUGUUUUCAUCAUGUACAAGAAGGAUAUUUGUGAAAAAGACAUUUUACGUUUUUGGGUGAAUACUUUUAAUAUGUAUCAUUUGCUAGAAUUGUUGGGUUAUGUUAUGAAAACAUAUGAUCAUCUCACGUUCAGUCAUGCUGGUUCUUUCAUCGAAUCUAAAACGCAAUUCGAAAAUACUAAUGAGCAAGAUGAAUGUUUGUUCAAACACAUCAGAAAGGUGAUGCAUUUGUUUGGUGGUCGUCAAGUGUAUUCAAAUAAGGAGAAAGAGGACAUGAUUGAUGCAAUCCAAGAUAUUUCUCUAGCAAGUACUACCGUUGACAAAUGGAAAUUAAUACCAAAACAUUUUGAAUUGGUGUGGAGACGAGCUUUUGCGAAUAGAUCUCUUCAAGAACAAUUUGGGAGGAAUCAUCAUUCAAAUAACAAUACCUUGAACAAGAAAUGGAGAUGCCAUCAAUAUCAAAAUUUAACAAUCAAACAAUCCAUAAUGACGAACUCCACCACCAAUAGAAAAUGGGACAAAUUCUGUCAAAAAAUAUUCCCAAUAAUUCAUGCUCUCACUGAAAAGCAAGAAAUCGUAAUACUGAAAUCGGAUGAAUGUUUGGAGUUUAAAAUGGUGACCAAAUCUCCCUCUGAAAAUUUGGAUUACAUGUAUCUCAGUGAAUUACGCAACGAUGUCUAUUCCACAAUCACGCUCCAACAGUUAAAAAAUUUAGGCACCAAUGAAAUUAAUAUUGUGCACCAUUCAAAAUCCAAUGUCGAUCCUAGAUUCAAGGUGCUAAAGCAAAAUCUCAAAAAGUUAGCAGGUCGAAUGCUUACUACUAUUCUAGCAAAAAUUAACAUUGAGGCAUGGAAGUCUAUUAGAUCAAAGAAAACACCAUCAAAUAAGACGAAAAUAGAGAAAAUCGUUAAGGUUGUCACAGACGACCGAACAGCACUGGAGUGUCUUCAACAACAUUACCCAGAAUUGCUUGAAAGUGAUGAGAGACAACAGAUAUCAAAAAGUUCCAAGAAACAAAGCCGAACGGAUGAUGUCAAUACUUGUGGAAGGAAAAAGGCAAAGCAAUCAACCAAUCUUCCUUUUCUCGGAAACUCUCAAAAUGUUAGCGUUGCAAUGCAAUCUCCUCCUGUCAUACCAAUUACUAUUCCCUCUGUGAUAAAUAUGAUCACAACAAGUCAACCACAACGAGCUCCGAGUUACAGCAACUAUUUGCAUUACAGGCAACCAAGUGUUUCACAAAAUGCAACUCAGGAUCAACCCUCACAAUUUAACUCUUCUUCACCCUGUGGAAAUUCAUCCGAAAUUUUAAUGGAAGGCACUGUUGAUCAAGUUUUUCAAUCAUCGGAACACACAAUUGGCACAAUCGGAAGGUCAUCCCAACCGGUGAUGGAUUUUCUUCAAUCAAUGCCAUCAAAUGUGAUAUUUAAUUCUCAACGUUUAACACAUCCAUAUAAUACUCACACCCAAACACAACAUCAAAACGGAGUGGUGAGAAACGACGACGCUGCACCAAAACGGAGUGGUAAGAAAGCAAACCAACAGCUGUUCGCUCAGUUGGUGAUAAACAAUACAAUCAGAUAA